AAUAUCACUGGUGUCCCCUAUCCGCGUGCACUAAAUCUAUGAUUGACUGACGAAGGGACCAGUGCCCGUAUCGCGUAACACGUAAAAAAAAUGUACACACGUCAACAACAUGAUGAACCGACCGUACUAGAGCGUUAUAUCAUGGUCGAAGACGGUGAGAAUUUUACGCAAAACCGAGCAAGUGUCGCUUAGAACUGUCCAGAUUUACAAAUUAGUUGCGGCUGAAAACUGCUCCAGACAGGCUGUAGUGACUAUACCCAGGAUUCUAUGCUCUCGGGACUGUGAACGCACGGGGAUUUUUCUUCAUCAGAGCAGAGGAGAGCAGUUUUUACGGUCUUUCGCCGUGUACGUACGGCCGGCUGUCUGUGCUAGCUGGCUGACCGUGCAUUCGUGGGGUCAAUGAGCGUCAUAACAACACCGCUAGACGUGCUUGUCGUAGGCCUAGUUGUACAUCCCUACAAUUAACUGCCAUUGCGACGAGGGAUUUUACACGAUGAGGAAGGCUUGUGCGUGAAUGCGUUGGUGUUUGUUUACGGAGCCGCUCACCAAUUUACCACCAUGUUGGAUGUCGUCUCAAGAGUUGUGCCCGCCGGGUGCCUGCUUACAACAGUGCUACUGGUGCUUUCUGCUGCUUACAGCGCAAAUGGUGCUGAUGAGAUUUGUGGGAGCUUGGACAUCCGAAACAGAGUGGAAAAGUUCAAGGAACUCGAGAACUGUACCAUCAUCGAAGGGGACCUGCACAUUCUUCUUAUAGACCAAGUAUCUCAGGGGGACUAUGACCACCUUUCCUUUCCCAAACUCCGCGAGAUCACGGGAUUCUUCGUGCUUUACCGCGUCUCGCAGCUCCUGACGCUCCGUUACAUGUUCCCCAAUCUCGCCGUCAUCCGCGGCGACACGCUUUUCUACAACUACGCCUUGGUCAUCUACGAAAUGCUCGAGAUGCAAGAGAUCGGCCUGAACGGUCUGGUAACCAUCCUGCGGGGCUCCAUCCGCCUUGAAAAGAACCCCAACCUGUGCUACAUGGACACCAUAGACUGGUCCCUCAUCCUGAAGGAAGGCACGGAGAAUAACUUCAUCGCUGAUAACAAGGACCAAGGAGGGUGCCUUAAUUUCUGCCCCAAGACGGGCUGCCGGACACCGACGGCGCUGGGCACCGUGCGGGAACUCUGCUGGUCAGGCGACCACUGCCAAAAAGGUAAGACGCUCAUUCAACGUUAUUUGACAACUUACGAGGCUACGGCGUACAAUCACACAUGCCCCUAUGGAAGUGGUUGAAGCCGCUUCGUAUAGACUUGUGUGUGUUUAAUAUACUGCUGGCUUUAGCCAAGGGAUUUUAGUGUUGCUUUCACAGGCUUUUAAAAACCAGUCCGGAAGCAUGCUGCAGAGAUAUUGCAUCUGUUUAUUUUGUAGCCUGGAGUGGCAUGAAUCUAUGCAAUGGAUUCCGUGCACAAGUAUAUUACUGUUAAUAAUUACGCUUUCUUGUAAGCAGAUAACGAAAUAAAUUUAGCAAAUUUGCAGAAUGAGGCAGUGUGAAAGCGAAUGCAAAAAUGAAUUUGUGAUGUUACGACGAAUUUGCAACAGUUAAACAUAUUUCAACUCUGGCGAAUUUCGCAGCAAGUGGGACAUGUCAAAUUCGCUUCGCAUGCCCAUUAGCGUGGAGUAUGAACUAGCCUUUACGUUCUUUGUUUACAUUACCUACCGGUAUCAAUGCAAGCCGACACUGUACACUCACGUACAUGUACAGCGUGCGUGGAUUUGUCUACAGGAUUCGCUGUGAAUUUCAUUUGAAACGCGUCCUUGUGAAAACGUGUGCUUGUUUAUUUGAUAUGCAGGGUGAGU